AUGGCGUUCACCCUACAGCAGCAGCAGGAACGAGCCGAGUUGGCUUCAUAUUUGUAUGAAAAGCAUAUAAAUCAUCAGGAUGGCGUGGCAGGCACGUUAAGCAUCCGGUUAGUAGCCGCUCGAAACUUGCGCGCCGCUGCUUCCAUGUUCUGGGUGCGCAGUUGCAAUCCAUACAUCAUAUUUCGCGUCGGCAAGCAGAGCGUGCGUAGCGCCACAAUACCCAGUAACAAUAAUCCCACAUGGCGUCGGGAGCUUCUUGAAGUGAAGCUGAGUAAAUUGGACCUCAAGUAUCAUCCGCUGGGCGAACACUCAAACGUUCGAAUGGAGCUCAUCGUGGACGCCAUGAAUGAGGACUCGCUUACGGGUAGGGCCACAGAGGCGGUGGGUAUGACGAGUGGAUCAGUCAUUGGCACAGCUGUCGUGGAUUUUACGUCGCUCGUUGAGGGCAAGGAAGACGUCAUGGACCAAUGGGUUUCACUUAGCGGCGCGCUGCCCAUGGCAGGUCCAACUGAAGGGGCAGCCAAGAAGCAGCAAAACGAAGCUGAUUUAAAUUUUGGUGAGGUUCGUGUCGUGUUGCAAUACGAACCCCACGGUAUGGAGCCAUGUGUAGGUGACGUAGUCAAGUUUGAAGGAUUUGGCUCUUAUCCGUCAGCGGUCCUCGGUUCCGUCGAAGAAUUAGAAAUGCACGUCAAGAAGACGAGCGGUAGCUAUUUGCUCUGUAGCUAUACUUCCCAGUCUGGUUAUGAAGCAGCGCUACGCGUACAUCGCAACAACGUGUUUGUGGUACACCGCGGUAGCUUUUUCGACCGCUUGUACGAGUCAUGCAUUGUUGAGCCCUUGGAGUUUGUAAGCUGCACACCUAUCGGUCAGUCGGUAAAGGAAGUGCUGCGUCCGUACAUGAAUGUGGCUCGUGCAUUUAGUGGUCCGGCCCUUGUUGCAACGAAAGCUACACUUAUGACGACCUAUCGUGCAUCCAGAGCAGCAAUUGGUGCUGUGGUGGCUUCGUUGGACGAAUGA